AUGUCCGAAUGCCAGCUGAGCCGGCCGAACGAGCGGAGCCCGCUGGACGAACGGCCCCUCGGCCGGAGCUGCUCCCGCACCCGUCCGGAGGCUGCGGGAUUCCAGGGGCUGUGUGCCCUGCGGGAUUCCAGGGGCUGUGUGCCCUGCGGGAUUCCAGCGGUUGUGUACCCUGCGGGAUUCCAGGGGCUGUGUGCCCUGCGGGAAUCCAGGGGCGGUGUGCCCUGCGGGAUUCCAGGGGCUGUAUGCCCUGCGGGAAUCCAGGGGUUGUGUGCCCUGCGGGACUCCAGGGGCUGUGUGCCCUGCGGGAUUCCAGGGGCUGUGUGCCCUGCGGGAAUCCAGGGGCUGUGUGCCCUGCGGGAUUCCAGGGGCUGUGUGCCCUGCGGGAAUCCAGGGGUUGUGUGCCCUGCGGGACUCCAGGGGCUGUGUGCCCUGCGGGAAUCCAGGGGCUGCAUGGGCUGCGGGAUUCCAGGGGUUGUGUGCCCUGCGGGAUUCCAGGGGCUGUGUUCCCUGCGGGAAUCCAGGGGCUGUGUUCCCUGCGGGAUUCCAGGGGCUGUGUGCCCUGCGGGACUCCAGGGGCUGUGUGCCCUGCGGGAUUCCAGGGGCUGUGUUCCCUGCGGGAAUCCAGGGGCUGUGUGCCCUGCGGGAAUCCAGGGGCUGUGUGCCCUGCGGGAUUCCAGGGGCUGUGUUCCCUGCGGGACUCCAGGGGCUGUGUUCCCUGCGGGACUCCAGGGGCUGUGUUCCCUGCGGGAAUCCAGGGGCUGUGUGCCCUGCGGUAUUCCAGGGGCUGUGUUCCCUGCGGGAUUCCAGGGGCUGUGUGCCCUGCGGGAUUCCAGGGGCUGUAUGGGCUGCGGGACUCCAGGGGCUGUGUGCCCUGCGGGAUUCCAGGGGUUGUGUGCCCUGCGGGAUUCCAGGGGCUGUGUGCCCUGCGGGAUUCCAGGGGUUGUGUGCCCUGCGGGAAUCCAGGGGCUGUAUGGGCUGCGGUAUUCCAGGGGCUGUGUGCCCUGCGGGAUUCCAGGGGCUGUGUGCCCUGCGGGAAUCCAGGGGCUGUGUGCCCUGCGGGAUUCCAGGGGCUGUGUGCCCUGCGGGAAUCCAGGGGCUGUGUUCCCUGCGGGAUUCCAGGGGCUGUGUUCCCUGCAGGAUUCCAGGGGUUGUGUGCCCUGCGGGAAUCCAGGGGCUGUGUUCCCUGCGGGAUUCCAGGGGCUGUGUGCCCUGCGGGAAUCCAGGGGCUGUGUUCCCUGCGGGAUUCCAGGGGCUGUGUUCCCUGCGGGACUCCAGGGGCUGUGUUCCCUGCAGGAUUCCAGGGGUUGUGUGCCCUGCGGGAUUCCAGGGGCUGUGUGCCCUGCGGGAUUCCAGGGGCUGUGUGCCCUGCGGGAAUCCAGGGGCGGUGUGCCCUGCGGUAUUCCAGGGGCUGUGUUCCCUGCGGGAUUCCAGGGGCUGUGUGCCCUGCGGGAUUCCAGGGGCUGUAUGGGCUGCGGGACUCCAGGGGCUGUGUGCCCUGCGGGAUUCCAGGGGCUGUGUGCCCUGCGGGAUUCCAGGGGUUGUGUGCCCUGCGGGAAUCCAGGGGCUGUAUGGGCUGCGGGAUUCCAGGGGCUGUGUGCCCUGCGGGAAUCCAGGGGCUGUGUGCCCUGCGGGAUUCCAGGGGCUGUGUGCCCUGCGGGAAUCCAGGGGCUGUGUGCCCUGCGGGAUUCCAGGGGCUGUGUGCCCUGCGGGAUUCCAGGGGCUGUGUGCCCUGCGGGAAUCCAGGGGCUGUGUUCCCUGCGGGAUUCCAGGGGCUGUGUGCCCUGCGGGAAUCCAGGGGCUGUGUUCCCUGCGGGAUUCCAGGGGCUGUGUGCCCUGCGGGAAUCCAGGGGCUGUGUUCCCUGCGGGAUUCCAGGGGCUGUGUUCCCUGCAGGAUUCCAGGGGUUGUGUGCCCUGCGGGAAUCCAGGGGCUGUGUUCCCUGCGGGAUUCCAGGGGCUGUGUGCCCUGCGGGAAUCCAGGGGCUGUGUUCCCUGCGGGAUUCCAGGGGCUGUGUGCCCUGCAGGAUUCCAGGGGCUGUGUUCCCUGCAGGAUUCCAGGGGCUGUGUGCCCUGCGGGACUCCCUUGGGCGAGCGGCUCAGCCCCUCCGGCCCGAUGCGGGCGGGGCGCGGGCGCCCUCUGCUGUCCCGCCGCGGAAGGCCCGGGACAACGAGACCCGGGACAUGGGCCAGCCAGGAGAGGGGACGUCGGGGCAGUCCAGAGUUGGCAAACAAAAGCUGCCAGGACCUACCAGAUAA